AUGGUAAUCCUGAAGAAGGGGCCGGCUGGACCAGGAGAGGUGAGAAUCUACGACGCCUCCAGGCCCAACGUGGCGAGACGCCUGGCUCCGCCCCUGGCCACGCCCAUGUCCCCACCCCUGGCGUCCUCAGGACGGUCCCGGGACCAUCGUCGCUCCAUCCCCCCGACGGAGGCCCCCAUCCCCCUGACGGAGGCCCUCAUCCCCCUGACGGAGGCCUCCAUCCCCCCGACGGAGGCCUUCUUCCCCCCGACGGAGGCCCCCAUCCCCCCGACGGAGGCCUUCUUCCCCCCGACGGAGGCCCCCAUCCCCCUGACGGAGGCCCCCAUCCCCCCCACGGAGGCCCCCAUCCCCCCGACGGAGGCCCCCAUCCCCCCGACGGAGGGCCCCAUCCCCCCGACGGAGGGCCCCAUCCCCCCGACGGAGGCCCCCAUCCCCCCGACGGAGGCCCCCAUCCCCCUGACGGAGGGCCCCAUCCCCCUGACGGAGGCCCCCAUCCCCCCGACGGAGGCCCCUAUCCCCCUGACGGAGGCCCCCAUCCCCCCGACGGAGGCCCCCAUCCCCCCGACGGAGGGCCCCAUCCCCCUGACGGAGGCCCCCAUCCCCCCGACGGAGGCCCCCAUCCCCCUGACGGAGGGCCCCAUCCCCCUGACGGAGGCCCCCAUCCCCCCGACGGAGGCCCCCAUCCCCCUGACGGAGGCCUCCAUCCACUGCAGGAAGCGGCGCCGAGUCUGGCGGCUCCUCGUGCUGAGAGGAAGCAGACGUCUGGCGUUCAGAGACGAUAGCCGCCGCCCGCCGCCGCCCACCGCCGCCGCCUGCCGCCGCCUGCCGCCGCCCACCGCCGCUCUGUGA